ACAAGGCGCGCGAGGGUUCUUAGGCGACAUAACUUCAAUGAGAUUGACUUCAUGUUGGUGCUUGUAAGUUUUCUGUCAAAUUUUCUUACUAGUGUUUGUUGUUCUGUAUGCUUACCUAUAUAUUUCGUAUUUUUUUUAAAGCCGAAUCCAUAUCAGCUCGAUUUAAGGGCUGGGCAAUGCGCCAUGCCAUUCAAUAGCUCGCAGUUAGACUGUGCUUCUCCCGAUUUAGUGACAGUUAUAGUUCACAGCCUUAUGUGUCAUCGGCAGAGUGGAGAAUCUGAAGAGUUUGCAAGACGCGCGAUUGAGAGUCUUGUGAAAAAAUUGAAAGAAAGGCAAGAAGACUUGGAAUCCUUGGUAACUGCCAUAACAACGAGUGGCAGCCAACCAAGUAAGUGUGUUACAAUACAAAGAACUUUGGACGGACGUAUGCAGAUUGCUGGGCGGAAAUGUCUUCCUCACAUUAUUUAUUCACGAAUAUGGCGCUGGCCUGAUUUGCAUCGAAAUGAGUUAAGACACUCCAAACAUUGUUUAUUUGGAUUUGAACUGAAACAAGAUUGCGUGUGUAUUAAUCCUUACCACUAUGAAAGAGUUGUUUCUCCUGUUGACUUGGCUACUCUGAGCCUUAGUCCUGCACCAGAAAAAGAAGGCAUGUGUAGCGACACAGAAAGUGAAUCCAACUGUCCGGACUCCCUAGUUUCUGGAUUCAAGGGAGCUCAAAUAGCUGAUAUGGGAUCAUGUUUGCCAGGAGAUCCUAUUAAUGAAGGGAAAAAUUGUAAUUCCUCCGCCUUAUUAUCCACUCAUCCUCGUCUUACUGUUCGAGAUCUUCUUGGUGAACAUAUAUCUCACACAGGUUGCUCAAAAAAUCAAGAGUGUGAUUUGGAACAGACUCCUUUAUUAUCCAACUCACAGAUCGAUUCGUCUCCAGCGCUCUCAUCAAGCAUUUCGGUAUCGAGAGUUAACCCAGCUCCACAUUUGGAUAGAGGACAGAGCACUAUGGCCUGGUCAGGUAUCGCUAACCAAAACCAUCCAAAUACAUUUAUUCAUUCUGCUACUAACUUCUCGAAAGACAGUUCCAUAGAAUCGGAAAACACGUGUGUAACAGGAUAUUCGAAAGUGAUCCCUGUGAAUUUGCCUACGAUUAGGACGAUGGAUGUUUUUAAGUGUACGAUCGAUCCGCCUAUUAUUUUUACGCCAGUCCAAACCAACAGCCUUUUAACAAGUAGUUUCGUUCCAACAGCAUAUUCCUCAAACGCAACUCCAGUUUGUCUAUCAGGCAACACUAAUGGUGCUGUAAAUAAUAGCUCUAAUAAACGUCCUGGUGGCUCUUCAGGAACUGCGGGUGGUUGUAGUACUGGGGGAUCUGGUUUUGGCAGCGGUGCACCAUGUAGUGGAGUAGGUGGUGCGGCUGGAGCUGGUGGUGGUGGGUGGGGCAAUCGUAGGGGUCCCCCUGCCCCACCAUUCACUCCUUCUGGAUCUCUACUCCAGCCGUUGCCAGUCCUAACUACACAACGUCCUCCUGAAUACUGGUGCAACAUUGCUUACUUUGAACUGGACCAACAGGUCGGUGAAUUGUUUAAAGUUCCAAGCCAGUAUUCACGUGUCACCGUUGACGGUUACACGGAUCCUUCUAGUCCAAAUCGUUUUUGUCUCGGACAACUAUCAAAUGUACACCGGUCGGAGCAAUCCGAAAAGUCGAGACUUUAUAUUGGCAAAGGUGUAGAACUAGAUAACGUUGGAGAAGGUGAUGUUUGGAUUCGCUGUCUUUCAGAGUUCUCUGUAUUCGUACAAAGCUAUUAUUUGGAUAGAGAGGCUGGCCGUGCACCUGGUGACGCUGUCCAUAAAAUAUAUCCUGGCGCUUAUAUCAAGGUAUGAUGUCAGUUUUAAAUGGUGCGAUAUGUGGAAUUUAUUAUAUCAACUGGUUCUCAUCCUAAUUUAAUAAAAUUUCCUCUGAGUAAUGUUUAUUGGCUACAAUAUCAAACGCGCGCUUCUUUUUAACGAUACGCACUUGGUUGUAUUUAUGAGUGGAAUUGUUUGGUUGCAACUUCACUAAAACUUCAGGACAGUAGUAAUUGCUUAAGUUAAUCUUUUUGGAAAAUUAUAUUAAUCAUUUACUUUUUUUCUUAUGACGAGUAUUUUUUUGAUCUGAUAUUAGCUAAAUCUAAGAGUGGUUGUAAAAUUGUUCCGGUAUUAUAAGUUUAUUGUAACUUAUUUUUCAUAUAAUAUUUACUCGAUUUUUAUUUCCUAUGAUCAUACUAGCUUGUGUAGUUUUCAUUUUCUUCUAAUACUAGGUUUUCGAUAUAAGACAGUGUCAUGAAGAAAUGAAAUCCCUUGCUCAGUCUUCUCACGCUGCUGCUGUCCGACAAGCUGCGGCUGUUGUUGGGUCACCUACGACAAGCGAUUUAUUGUCUCAGAUACCUGGUGCCCUACCUCUAGGUUCCAACCAAUCUGCCCCAGGAUCUUUACCUGGUACACUAGGUACAGGAGCAUCUAUUAUGGCUACUGCUGGGGUCGGGGUGGAUGAUCUUAGACGUCUUUGUAUGCUUCGGUUGAGUUUCGUUAAAGGAUGGGGACCAGAUUAUCCUAGACGUAGCAUCAAAGAAACACCUUGUUGGAUUGAAAUACAGUUGCACAGACCACUACAAUUGCUGGAUGAAGUUCUCCAGGCUAUGCCUCUUAAUGACUUAAAACCAACCCGACAUUUCUUUUCUUAUUUUCCACAACCAUCUGGAUGCAACUCAGUGAGACCAGCAGCAACCAAACGUGUAUAAGUUGCUGGGACUAAGAUAUUUCUCCUUUUUUACUUCAAGAUUUCAAACGUUUAUUUUAACUAAUCUAUUUCCUGUUUACUUUUAAAUCCUUUGUCGGUAGUUUACUGCAUAUUUUUUAGUUGAUGCACUGUAACUGAUUGCUUUUUAUCCAGUUCUUUUUUCUUACUUUGUAAUGUCUACUAUUAAAUUCUGAAUACAAUAGUCAUGGUUAUUGUUUUAACAAUUUAAUACACAUCAGGUGACUUUUAAUAUUUGUUUAAAAAUUUUGUACGUAUCCAUUGCCACUUACCUAACAUUUAGACCUCAGAAUGUUUUAAACUAUAAUUCUCUCUAUAUUGUACAACAUUGUUUAUAAAUAUCAUUUAUGCGCCUUCUAUCAGGUAAGUUUAAUAUCACUUUUUUACUAUGUACCUACAUCAUGUGUACAAUUGUUAUUUUUGCCUUUUUUUUAAAAAAAACUUGUCCACAGCUGACUGAUCUGUUUUAGGUUGUCUAUGUGCAAAAGAUCACAUCAUUGCUUUUUGCUUUUCUUAUAAUUGUAGUACAACAAGUAGUAAUAGACUUCAAUCUAUUUAUAAAGAUUGAAGUAUAAAACCUUUGUAAGUUAUUUAUUGGAUUUUAUCCAUUCAUCUAUGUAAUAGAUUACUUUGUAAAUCAUAAGUUUAUUGUCCUCCAUUUUGUUUGGUUUUAUUUCUUCUAUUUUUCUCUUAUUUAAGUUUGUUAAGUUUUAGGAAAACAAAUAAUUAGGCUUCUUGUUUCCAAUUGCCUGAACCCAUUUUUUUCCUUUUCUUUGCAUCUAUGUACUUUAAUAAAACCCUCUAAUAUAAUGUUUUAACUCGG